UAUCCCAAGGGAAAUCUUCAACAAGAAAGGAACUUGAGGAGGAUACGUACGUCACACGACAUGUCUGGUACCAAAGGUCGCUACAUAGUCAUCACCGGCGUUACGCGAGGUCUUGGGAGAGCUCUGGUUGAUCAAUGCAGUCAGAGCGAUGAGUUGCAGGCUUGCCGUGUGUUUGGCUGUGGUCGCAAUGAAGAUCAGAUCAGGAAGUUGAACGACCAGUAUGGAGGCGUGCAGUAUCAGUUCACUGCUUUGUCUACUUGUGAUUAUGACGAUGUUAUGAGAUGGGCAGAGGGAGUUCUGAAGGAAUGCGGAGGACGUGGACCUUGUCUACUCAUCAAUAACGCCGGUCUGAUGAACGAGACUGCUCCUCUGUGGGAGGUCGGUCAGGAGGAAUUUCGAAAAGUGGUUGAUACCAACAUAAAUGGAUAUUACAAUGUUACUAAGGCAUUUGUACCUUCAAUGAUUGGCAAUCAAAGUGGAGUUAUUGUCAACAUCACCAGCACAUGGGGUAGAUCAACUAGUGCAGGUGUGGCUCCGUAUUGCACAACAAAGUUUGGACAAGAGGGAAUGACAUUGGCACUGUCUGAUGACCUUGCAGGAACUGGUGUGUCGGCGGUUGCUGUUAAUCCAGGAGUCAUUGACACAGAGAUGCUACGGAUACCAUUUGGUGAAAGUGCACGUCAUUACUGGAAACCUAGUGAAUGGGCUAAAGUGGCUCUGCCAUUUCUACUGCACCUGAAUAAACGAGACUCCGGGAAGAGAGUUACUGUGCCCUAUAGUUGAUAUCAAAUGCACUAGGUGCUGGAGCUUUCUUUGAUUGGCAUAGUGACAUGUGGAGAACAGAAUUGCCGUAAAUCAGUGUAAAUAAUUUAAUUAUACACGAGAAUUAUUAAAGUCA